AUGUCGAUCCGUGUGAUUGGUGCAAGUGUUUGGCGCCUCUUGAAACCGGAAGACAAAGAGCCGACCUCAAUGGUCGGCUUGUCGUGUCCGAGUGGAAAGUGGAACCCGCGAGAGUUCGAGCUACUUUUGGCCGACGAGCGCCCACCGAAGCAGGGAAGCGGCCGGCGGACCUUUCGCGCAAUCAUGGUGCUGACUGGAAAGCGCUCCGAAAAAGGUCCCGCCCGCUGGAAGAGGAGAGUCAAGUCGGAGUACAUGAGGCUGCGGCAGCUCAAGCGCUUCAGGCGGGCCGACGAGGUCAAGAGCAUGUUCAACAGCAACCGGCAGAAGAUUCUGGAGCGCACCGACAUCUUGAACCAGGAGUGGAAGACGCGGCGCAUCCAGCCCGUCCACAUCAUGACGUCCGUGGGCUCGCUCAGAGGCACGCGAGAGUGCACGGUGGACAGCGGCUUCUCCGAGUUCCCCCGCCAGGUCAUCCCCCUGAAGACCCUCAACGCCGUGGCCUCCAUCCCCGUCAUGUACUCGUGGUCGCCUCUGCAGCAGAACUUCAUGGUGGAGGAUGAGACGGUACUCUAUAACAUUCCCUACAUGGGCGAUGAGAUCCUGGACCAGGACGGCACGUUCAUCGAGGAGCUCAUCAAGAACUACGACGGAAAAGUCCACGGGGACAGAGAGUGCGGUUUCAUCAACGACGAGAUCUUCGUGGAGUUGGUGGGCUCGCUGGCGCAGUACAGCGACAACGAGGAAGAUGAAGAGGAAGAGCACGACUUCAAGAUGGAGAAGAUGGACGUGAUGUGCGACGGGCAGGAGCAUCCGGGUGACGCGCGCAACCUCAACGAGGGCCGAGCCGACGACGACUGCGCCAAGAAGUUUCCCUCCGACAAGAUCUUUGAAGCCAUCUCGGCCAUGUUCCCUGACAAAGGUUCCACUGAGGAGCUGAAGGAGAAGUACAAGGAGUUAACUCAGCAGCAGCUUCCCGGCGCUUUGCCGCCCGAAUGUACGCCCAACAUCGACGGUCCCAACGCUCGCUCGGUGCAGCGCGAGCAGAGCCUGCACUCGUUCCACACGCUCUUCUGCAGACGCUGCUUCAAAUACGACUGCUUCCUUCACCCGUUCCACGCCACGCCCAACACGUACAAGCGCAAGAACCUGGAGAACCUGGAGGACAGCAAGCCCUGUGGCAUGGACUGUUAUAUGUACCUGCUGCAGGACGCCGCCGCGGACGCUGUGGCGGAACGCCCCAAGACGCCCUCCAAGCGCUCGACCUGGCGGCGGCGCGGACGCCUGCCCAACGGCGGCAGCCGACCCGGAACGCCCACCGCCGUCUCCUCGGAGGCCAAAGACACGGACAGCGAACGGGAGGGAGGCAAAGACGACGACAGAGAUGACGACGACAACAACAAGAAGGACGACAACAGCGGGAGCAGCUCAGAGGGCAACUCUCGCUGUCAGACGCCCGUCAAGAUGAAAUUGCAACUUCCCGCCGAGGCGCCGGAGUGGAGCGGCGCAGAUGCGUCGCUCUUCCGCGUUCUGAUCGGGACCUACUACGACAACUACUGCGCCAUCGCGCGGCUCAUCGGAACCAAGACGUGCCGACAGGUGUACGAGUUCCGGGUGAAAGAGUCGAGCAUCAUCGCGCGUGCUCCCGCCGAGGACGAGGACACGCCCCCCAGGAAGAAGAAGAGGAAGCACCGACUUUGGGCUACACACUGCAGGAAGAUCCAGCUCAAGAAAGAUGGCUCAUCCAAUCACGUGUACAACUACCAGCCGUGCGACCACCCCAGGCAGCCCUGCGACUCGUCUUGUCCGUGCGUCACCGCCCAGAACUUCUGCGAGAAAUUCUGCCAGUGCAGCUCGGAGUGCCAGAACCGUUUCCCGGGCUGCCGCUGCAAAGCUCAAUGCAACACCAAGCAGUGUCCGUGCUACUUGGCCGUCAGGGAGUGCGACCCCGACCUCUGCCUGACCUGCGGCGCCGCCGACCACUGGGACAGCAAGAACGUCUCCUGCAAGAACUGCUCCAUCCAGAGGGGCGCCAAGAAGCACCUCCUCCUGGCGCCGUCCGACGUGGCGGGAUGGGGCAUCUUCAUCAAGGAGCCGGUCCAGAAGAACGAGUUCAUCUCGGAAUACUGCGGAGAGAUCAUCUCCCAGGAUGAAGCGGACCGCCGGGGCAAAGUGUACGACAAGUACAUGUGCAGCUUCCUCUUCAACCUCAACAACGAUUUUGUGGUUGAUGCCACCCGCAAAGGCAACAAGAUCCGAUUUGCCAAUCACUCCGUCAACCCGAACUGCUACGCCAAAGUGAUGAUGGUGAACGGCGACCACAGGAUCGGCAUCUUCGCCAAGCGCGCCAUUCAGACGGGGGAGGAGCUCUUCUUCGACUACAGGUACAGUCAAGCGGACGCCCUCAAGUACGUGGGCAUCGAACGCGAGAUGGAGAUCGCCUGACGCCGGUUCUUGACGUUGAGCUUUGCGCGCAUACACACACACACGCACAGUCUACCUUCAGGACAACUGUCAGCAUGUCAAAAAACAUUUCAGGAAUAUUUCAAUGGUCUUUUGGUUCUGUUGAUGGAGAAAAGCAAAGUUUUUUUUUUUUUGUUCCCUUUUUUGCCAAGUUUUGUGGAGCGAGAAGGCAAAGGUGUCUUUUCA